UCAUGAAUGAGAACUGGAUGAUCCUUUCAUGGGUGAUGGUGCAGUCUGAGACAGAGAAGUCCCUCAAGCCCCUGUACGAGGGACUAGCACACCGCUACAGCACUGCAGGCCUAGAGAAGGCACAAUACCAGUGGGUAGACAGGGAUUGCUGUGCAGCGUUUAAGGUGGCAGAAUCUUGUGCAGGAGAGCAUCUGAACUGGGAUGCUUGGAGGACAACUGAUGCCAUUGUUGCUGAGGCCACUUCUGGUAACCUGCUGAACGUCUGUGCAUCACGAUCAGACUUCAAUACAAACAUGACCAUCAAGCUGGACUUGUUCCACUGUCUGAGGCGGUUUCUCCGGGAGUGUGUGUCAGAGCACCAUCCUCUGUACAGCUCUUUUGCCCAGUUUCUGUCUGCAGCCUUUUCUGUGGUGGACCAGGAAGACCUGCAGAGGCUUAAAGACGCCUAUGCCUUCUGUGGAAUUCAGCCUGCCAACCCAACAAAGCCACACACUCGCGAGCACUGCAGGACCAGAAUUCCACUGCCUGAGGAGCUCAUCAAGAGAGUCGAGGGAGUUUUCCAGCACUUUCACCUCACGUGUGAUCCAAAUGGUGCUCCUCUCUUCAAGCCCUCUAUGCUGAAGACAUGGCGGAUUCAGCGUGUGCACAUCCUGCGAGGUUGCCUGAGUGAUCCUGAGGUGGAGGGUGGGAUCUUGUACAGGCAUGGAGGAACAGUGCAGCUGAAUCAUGUGAAGGGUGAAGGUGCUAGAGUUCCUGUUUGGAUCCCCAUCAGAGGCACAUCCCAGCAGGAGGGAUACCAUUUCCACCAGGCUCAGUGGGUCACUGGAACACGUGUCUCCACAGAGCUGUUUCAGGCACAGGGGAUGACAGGGGUGGCGCGGUGGAAUUACCAGCGUCUGGUGGACUUGAAGCAGCCGGGUGUCCACCUCCCAGCUGUCUUUGAUCCAGCAUUGAUGGCAGAGCUCAAUGCAGUCUCUGAACGGGUGUUGGGGCACGUGAAAUAUCCUGCUUUUCAACUCUCUAACAGAGACACUGGAGAGAAGUUUGGCCUGGAGUAUGUUGAGCCUGGUUGCCGCCCAGUUCCUCUAGACUGGGACAAGCACAGGAGCAAGACCGACUCUACCACAGACCGGAAUCCACCUCCGCAAAGCAGCCAGCUCACUGCCCAGUCUGAGCCUCUUCAGUCAUCCUCCAUGGCACCACAGAAGCUGUUUCAGUUUGCUGCAUGCCCUCCUGCUGACCUUGCUGUAAAACCAGAAGUGACUCCAAGUACAACUCCCGAGCCUCAGACAGAGCCAGAAACCACAUCUCCGCCGUCUCUGCCCCUGCUGUCCUCCCCAACUGGAGCUCGCACUGGACCUGUGAAGACUGGUGGGAGGGUAUUUGUGUUGGACCACAAGCGCUGGCCAGCCCCUAUGAAGCAGGUUAUUGACAACCUGCUGAACAAACACCGUGGGCAGAAGGACAUGCUCAAGCUUGUGGACCAGGACUAUGCUGCUCUAGUUCACAACACCUGUACAGACCCAAACAGCAUGCUCCACCCAACUACCAAACUACAUAUUUCACAGUACGUAAAGCACCUCAGUAAAUUAUUAAACACCAGCUCCUCUUUAAACACCAGCCCCGAAAAACUGCAAGAGAGGCAGGAACUCUGGCACUCUCUGUCAGAGGGCAGUGAGACUACCACUGUGCCGGUUGUUACCAUGCCUGUUGCAGUUUUUAACCCACCUCCACCUGUUCAGACCCUUGCCACACCUCUAACGCAAGCAUCAAUUGAGAAAAUUGUUCAUAACAUAAUGGAAAUCCAACAGCAGCACCAACACCAGCCUCAGCAACAACAACCACAGCAAAAGAAGGCACACACAAAAACAUGUCUUUCCUGUGGCCAGCCAAAGUCGAGGUAUGAGAAUGAUGGUUCUUCCAUCCACUUCUUCUUCCAGCAAGGUCCUGUCAGAUAUUUCUACUGCUCCACUAAAGUUUUCAAGGCUUAUGGUGCUGAAGGUCUGACAAACCCCAAAAUGCCCUUUCAAGACUUUGCAGCUACAAAGUUCUUCCAGCAGGAACUGGACGCCACAAAAAAAAGGGUGGAGGAGCGAGGACAGCAGAAGAGGAAAAGGACUGACUCCCCACAGACAGGUCGCAAGUGUCGGUUCUGUAAGAUGGAACUGAAACAGGGCCCAAACAGUCCUCACAUUCACACUGGAUUCCCUGGAAUAGCAGGGAAGUACAUUUACUGCCCUGCUAAAGUCUUUUCCCUCUACAAAGAUCAGGGCAUGGAGAAGGAGAUGACCUGGAAGGAGUUCCAGGUGUCUGCUUUUUAUGAGAGAGAAAAAAAGAGAUGGGAAGUUGAAAGGGGAAAAUGAGAGACAGCGAGGGGGAGUGUUUUACCAUGUGAUCACGUCUGUCCGGGUCAAAUUGAUCACUAUAAGCAGAUUAUUUAAACAGCAUUUGCAUAGUAAUGAUUCUGUCCCAAGCUUUUUGAUCCAUAUUUUAUUUAUUUGUUUUUACCUUUAUU